AUGGAUACAGUUCAGCUUGUAUUAGUGACUUUGAUAGUCGGUCUUGUAGCAUUUUUGUUGAUAUCUUACCUUCAAACUGCGGAUUUCUCCAGAAGAGUUGAAGGAUCAUCAAAGCUUAAAAAGCCGACGUUUUUGAUCUUAGGGCUCAAUAAUAGUGGGAAAACUGCUUUGUUUUAUCAGCUCAAAGAAGAUGCCCCCCAAAAUGGGUUUGAAUUUGUUAAUACGGUCUCAUCAAUUGAACCUAAUAUUUCAGAAGUGAAUAUACCAUUCUCAAAGUCAUCGGUUUCCAAAGCGUAUCAGUUGAUCGACUAUCCUGGACACUUGAAAUACUCACAGUUGCUAACAAAGUUAAUUUUGAAGGAUGUCACCUUACAAAACAUUAAGGGUAUACUUUAUGUAAUUGACUCGUCUUCGAACUCGAUAAAUCAGCAAAACCAAGUAAAGCAAAUUUCUAGAUUCUUGUUCAGCCUAUUUUCUCAGACAGAGAAAUUAAUGAACGGAGUUGAUUUUCUUUUUGCAAUCAACAAGCAAGACUUAUUUGAUUCAAUACCUGUUUUUAAGAUAAAGCAAUUAAUAGAAGAGGAAAUUACAAAAUUGGUGAAAGAUGAAUUAAGCGGCGUCAAUAGUCAUAGUUCAGGAAUUGAUAAGGAUGAAGAUUAUGAAGAAGCUGAAAACGAGGACAAAAUGGCAAACUACGACAAUUUGAGAGAAUUUUGGUUACCAAUCAUAGGCAAUGUUAAUAAUUCAUUUAAGUUUGAAAUGCUAGAAGGAGACGUUACAUUCAUAGGUGGUUCAGUUUUGAAAAAUAAUAUGGAACCAUGGAAAAAUUGGUUUGACGAAAAAGUAGUAAACUAG